CUAAUCUGGAGAUUGCCAACAAAAAUUGUGAUAUAUUAAACCGACUUUAUAAACCAAACCCGGUACAAAAUAAUCUGGAAACACAAAAUCUAAAUCCCUAGAGAACAGACGAAGACGAAGGAGGAGGAGAAAAAUGGCGAGUACUCUCUUUAUCGCUCUCCAAUGUUACGAAUGUUCGACUAUGCAGGUGAAGCAGAAGAAGAAAAGCAGUAACAAAUGGGUUUGUGUGAUUUGUAAUCAGAAGCAAUCGGUGAAAAAGGUGUUUGCUCAAGGUUAUAAGGCUAAGGAGCUUCGUUUCUUUGUACAGUCCUUUAAUAUGUCUCGCAAAGUUGCCGAUGAGGUUGCAGAUUCGUUUUCGGAGGUUGAUGUUGAAGGAGAGGAGGUUUUAGAUGUUAUUGGAAUGAAGAAGCGAUCUGAUUGGAGUGAGUAUCUUGAUUUCGAUUCGCCAAAUGAUCGCCGGAGAUUAGUUGGAGAAGAAGACGAUGUCAAGAUUGUGACUGAAAUGCCGAAAGAUAUGUUCAAGAGGCCAAAGCUGAACAAAGAUUCUAAUGCUGGUGGAUCAUCAUCAAUUACAGGAGGUGGGAAGAAAGACGGUAAUGCACUCUUCAAGCCUUCCUUCUCCACGCGCAGCAUCAAAAUGCCAAAUUUCUGUUCCGAUGGAGUAAUGACAAGGAAGAAGGAUAUAGAAGAGAGAAAUCUAGAGUCAGAGAGAAUUAUUAAGCCAGCUUCGAAAUGGGACGCCUACUUGAUUGAUGAGGAAGGAGAACAUCAGGCACCACCACAAAUUGGUGGAAAUAAAACCUUGAAGGAUGACGCUAAUGUAGGAGAAUGGGACAGAGCAAUAAUGGAGAUAAAUACGGAAUACCAGAUAGUAGACGACGAGGUACAUCCAGAUUUCAUGUGAUCAGAGAUAGAUUUAUGUUUUAACAGGAUGCAGAUUAUUAUGAAAUGCUAAAUGUAAAGUUUCUGAAACAAAUUUUGAGAUGCAAAAGAGUUGACUCAGUAA